AUGCCUGCAGUGUUUGUUAGAGGGGCUUUGCACUGGGUUGUGUGUGGAGAACCCAGGUCGGAUAAGCGAAAUUUGAUUGAUGCUUUUGAUCUUGGGGUUGAGAAAUACCGGUUGGUGCCACAGCCUGAUUAUUUGGUUGAUAAGGAUUUUCUUCUGUGUCCGGGAUCAUUAGGAGGACGGCUUUGCAUAAAUUGCAAUUAUGAUGGAAACUAUGUUGAUAUAUGGGUGAUGAAUGAGUAUGGGGUAAAAGAAUCUUGGACUAAAUUGUUUUCUGUAGUGCAAUUUGGUUAUGGGAGGCCUCUGGCAUAUUCAAGGACGGGCGAGAAAGUACUUCUGAACCAGGACCAUUCAAAUCUUUUUUGGUUGGACUUGAAAAGGAAAACAGUCAAGAAAGUUAGGAUUCCUGGUUCGCCGACUUUCUUUGAUGAUUCCAUUUGUGUGGGAAGUCUAGUUCCAAUCUGCGCUGGGAGCAAGAAGAAUAGAGAGGAGAGUUCUCUGGAAACUGAACCAAGUAGGCCCUAUAUUUACUAUGAUUUUGAGAGUUGGAACCUUAUGUAG